GAGUGUUGCAAAGUCACAGCGCGCCCCUGACCAUCGCCGUGCCCCCCAGUGUGGUGCCCCCGGACCGGGCAGGCCACCCGAGUCCAGGGCUGGGGCGCACGGGGAGCCCGGACUCCGGCGCCCCUAUGCACCGCCCCACCGCGCUACAGCUAUGACCCUGAGCACGGAGAUGUCCGAUGCCUGCGGCCUCGCCGAGGAAACAGACAUCGACGUGGUGGGGGAGGGAGAGGACGACGACGACGAGGAAGAGGAGGAGGAGGACGAGGGCGGCGGCGGCGGUGGUGGUGGGCCCCGGCUCGCCGUGCCCGCGCGGCGGCGGCAGCAGCGGAGGCGGCGGCGGCGCUCGUACGCAGGCGAGGACGAGCUGGAGGACGUGGAGGAGGAGGACGACGACGACGAGGACAUCCUGCUGGCCCCGCGCGAGGCGGGGUCCCCCGCGCCCCCAGGCCCGGCUCCGGCGGCGGGGUCCGGGGCCGGAGGGGGAGGCGGCGCGGGCACGGGCGCGGGGGUCGGUGGUGGUGGUGGUGGCGGCGGCGGCGGUGCGGGCGCGGGAGGCGGCGGCGCCAAGAACCCGCUGGUGAAACCGCCCUACUCGUACAUCGCGCUCAUCACCAUGGCCAUCCUGCAGAGCCCCAAGAAGCGGCUGACGCUGAGCGAGAUCUGCGAGUUCAUCAGCGGCCGCUUCCCUUACUACCGGGAAAAGUUCCCCGCCUGGCAGAACAGCAUCCGCCACAACCUCUCGCUCAACGACUGCUUCGUCAAGAUCCCCCGCGAGCCGGGCAACCCGGGCAAGGGCAACUACUGGACGCUGGACCCCGAGUCGGCCGACAUGUUCGACAACGGCAGCUUCCUGCGUCGGAGGAAGCGCUUUAAGCGGCAGCCGCUGCUCGCGCCCAGCGCCGCGGCUGCCGAGUCGCUCCUGCUGCGCGGCGCGGGACCCGCGGGCGGUGCGGGAGACCCGGGCGCAGCCGCCGCCGCCGCUGCAGCCGCCGCCGCGGCCGCUCUCUUCCCGCCCGCUCCUCCGCCGCCCCCGCCACCGCACGCCUACGGCUACGGCCCCUACGGCUGCGGCUACGGCCUGCAGCUGCCUCCCUACGCGCCGCCCUCCGCGCUCUUCGCCGCCGCCGCAGCCGCCGCGGCCGCCGCCUUCCACCCGCACUCGCCCCCGCCGCCGCCGCCGCCUCCACCGCCUCCACCUCCGCCUCCACCGCCCCAGGCGCACGGAGCGGCCGCCGAGCUGGCCCGGACCGCCUUCGGCUACCGGCCGCACCCGCUCGGCGCCACGCUGCCCGGGCCCCUGCAGGCCUCUGCGGCCAAGGCGGCCAGCCCGGGCGCCUCGACCCUGGCGCGCUCGCCCUUCUCCAUCGAGAGCAUCAUCGGUGGCAGCCUCGGCCCGGCCGCGGCCGCUGCAGCUGCAGCCGCCGCCGCAGCGCAGGCAGCCGCCGCCGUGCAGGCCUCUCCCGGGGCCUCGCCCGCAGCGCCGCCCGCACCGGCCCUCGCGCCCGGGUCGGGGGCCGGGAGCGCCGGUGGUGGUGGCGGUGGUGGCUGCGCGGCGCAGGCGGCUGCGGGCCCGGCCGCCGCUCUCACCCGCUCCCUCGUGGCCGCCGCGGCCGCCGCUGCCUCGUCCGUCUCUUCGUCGGCCGCGCUGGGGACUCUGCACCAAGGGACUGCCCUGUCCAGUGUGGAAAACUUUACUGCUAGGAUUUCAAAUUGUUAA